AUGUCUGCAGGUCUGCUGGGCACCGCUCGCUUCACUGGCUUUUCCCAGAACUACAGCACCUUCCUGCUGGAGGAACACGCUGGGCUGCUGUAUGUAGGAGGCAGAGGAGCGCUGUAUGCGCUCAACACCUCCAACAUCACUACACCUACAAACCUCAUUAUUAAUUGGGACGCUUCGCCUGAACAGAAGAAGCAGUGUCUGAACAAAGGCAGAGACAAUCAGACAGAGUGUUACAACCACAUUCGCUUUCUGCAGCGAUACAAUGAGACUCACCUGUACGCGUGUGGAACAAACGCCUUCAGACCGCUCUGUGCUUACAUCGACGCGGAACGCUUCAACUUCUCCUCCGGCUUUGAAGAGGGCAGAGACAGAUGUCCCUAUGACCCGGCAAAGGGUUUCACAGGCCUCCUUGUGGACGGCGAGAUGUUCACGGCCUCUCAGUAUGAGUUCCGCAGCUCUCCAGAUGUGCGCAGAAACUCCCCGUUCCCCUCUCUCAGGACAGAAGAGGCCCCAACUCGGUGGCUUCUGGAGGCAGAUUUUGUGGGCUCUGUGCUGCUGAAGGAGAGCAUCAACAGCUCUAUCGGGGACGAUGACAAGAUUUACUUCUUCUUCACGGAGAGAAGCCAGGAGCAGAUUGCCUACCCGAGCCAGACAAAAGUGUCCAGGGUUGCCCGAGUCUGCAAGAAUGACUGGGGGGGACAGAGGACUCUGCAGAGGAAGUGGACCUCCUUUCUUAAGGCGAGAAUGGUGUGUUCAGUUCCAGAGUAUGAGCUGCACCUCAACGUCCUGCGCAGUGUGUUUGUGCUGCAGGGUCGAGAUGCUCAGAGCAGCAUUUUCUAUGGCAUAUUUGGCCUAGAAUGGAAGAAUAUCAAAGCUUCUGCAGUGUGCCAAUACGCCUUUUCAGAGGUACAGAAGGUUUUUGAUGGGCCGUACUUCGAGGUGCAGGACUCAAAGUGGAGGGAGUACACAGGGAAGGUACCAGAGCCAAGACCUGGAUCUUGUAUAACAGAUCUACACAGGUCCCAGGGCAUCAACUCAUCUCGAGACCUGCCGGACAUUGUCCUCACUUUCGCCAGAAGGCAUCCACUGAUGGCCAGCCAGGUGCACCCAAUAGGGGUGCGCCCUCUCUUGUUCAAGCGGAGUGUAAACUACGUCAAGAUUGCCGUGCACAGGGAGCCAGCACUGGAUGGAAACAUUUAUACAGUCCUGUUUUUGGGAACUGAUGAUGGCUGGUUGCACAGAGCUGUUGAAAUCAAUGGAGAAAUGCACAUCAUAGAGGAGUUGCAGUUGUUUGAGAAACCGCAGCCCAUAGAGAGCAUGGUCAUAUCCUCAGCUUUGCGGAGCAUCUAUUUUGGCUCCCACUCUGGAGUUGUGCAGGUACCGAUGUCAGCCUGUGGGAGAUACACUUCCUGUUAUGACUGCGUGUUCGCCAGAGACCCUUUCUGCGGCUGGGACGGGAGGUUGUGUGUAGAAAUAUCCUCACGUGCACAGAGGUCAAACAUAACCCAGGAUGUACAGCGAGGGACCAGAGGCUGCAAAGAGAAUUCAGGAAAUGUGGUCCAUCGGAGGCGUUCGGUGAUGACGGGUGACGACGUCCUGCUACAGUGUGAAUUGCGCUCCAACCUGGCAACUCCGCGCUGGACUCUAAAUGGCAGAGAACUCCAGGGAUAUGACCUGAAUUCUGGCUACCGCAUUGGUACAGAUGGCCUCCUCAUAAUCGGAGCACGCACCCAGCAGAGCGGGUCUUACCGCUGCUUUGCCGUUGAGAACUCGGUCUCCGUCCUUGUUUAUCUUUACACAGUCAGGGUGCACUCAGACCCCUACUUCCCAAUGGAGCCCACAGCCACGACUAAUCCUACUACAGUUACCAGCCCCACUGUUUUCUCCACCAGCAGCCCCACUGAGCAGCCUCUGCCCUCUCCUCCUGCCCCACUGCCCCCAGGACCGGAGUACCAGGCCUACAGACACAUGGAGGCUGUGUACAUCUCUCUGGUGGCAGUUCUUGGAGGACUUUGCUUGGUGUUGACUGUGGUACUGCUCUAUGUGAGCUUCUGCACCAGACGGGCCUCUAGGGCCCGAAAGUUCUCUCACCAAGGGCUGCAUGUCCUGGGUUCCUCUGACAGAAAACGGAGCUCCCACCUUGAGCUUAAAACCAUCUCCAGCCACUGCAAUGGCCGCCAAGAUCGCCGCUCCAUCUCAUUUUCAACCUUCGGGGAUAACUUUCUCCAGAUAGUUCCAGGCGAGAUGUCUCCAACAAAAACUCCUCCCCCGGCCCCUCCUCUUCCAAUGCCACCGCCACUUCCCAACAUGGACUAUGCUAACGGGCUGUCGGCCACGCUGCCCAGCGUUCUGAGGAAGAUGAACGGGAACAGCUACGUGCUGCUGGGGCAGGGCGACGAGGGCAUGUCGCCGCUCUACCACUCUUUCACAGAGGAGCUCAACAGGAUCCUGGAGAAGAGGAAACACACACAGCUGGACCUGCAGCCUGAUGAGAGCUCUAUCUAGGACACCUUCUCUCACUUUUUGUCCCACAGUUAUUUAUUCUUCACCCACGCUGUGACCCGGAGUUGUGGGGUGAAAUUGACUGUAUCAAAUGCUGCUGUUACUAACCCAGUGUCUGAAUACCUGCGGGUGAUGUCCUAACCUGAUCUGACGUGUUCAACCUCCUGUGUCUCCCGUGAUAAAUGGCCCAUGAUUUGACUCAAACAACGGUUGUCACUAACCAGAGACUGGCAUUUUGAAGAGUGAAGGUGUGACAAAUCUGGCCAUAGACUGCACUACUGUAUAAGAGGUAACCAUCAGGAGGAAUCCUCAUGCUGCUCGGUGUCAACUCUCACUCUGGGGGCCUGUGAAGGAUGGCUGUCAAAUGACACAAAAAGGCAAAGACACAAAAUGGGUUGAAAUAAAUAAAUUAAAAAAAAAAGGACAAGAAGUGGUCAUGCAUUCAGGAGCGUUCAGGACAUUUUUAGUGCCAUGUAAUGUUUUCCCUCUGUGGAAAGCAAGACUGUGAAUUUGAAGUGAUACCUCCAUCAUGAGAUCAUCAUGGUUCCCUGUUUGGAGGGUGAGGAAGUUUUGACUCAGCCUUAGUCACAGAACUGGAGUCUGUAUCAUCAAGUCCUUCUAGUCUGGUGGUCAUAAUAACUUGAUUUUGUCUGGAUUUUCUCCUAAUUUAGGCAGUUUGGGUGGAUUUAUGGGCAAAACAAUAGCAAAACAAACAACAACACUAAACCUAAACAAUGACAAAUAUCUUAUUAUUAACCAGGUUUAAGAGGAUGCAGGGUAAAUAGAUUUAAAUAAAUUCCUUUGUGAAACUUGUCAAAUUUAGAAUCUGUUGUAGAACUCCACUUACCUGUACAAGAGCAAACUACAGACAUUUUACAGCCGCGGUGGCAGAUUUCCCAUGUGAAGCACCACUUUCAGAGGACACUUCUGUUCCAGUGCAAGAGUUGGUUUAAACCACCCUUUCCCUAAUUUCUGUGUUGUCAUGUAAAUAGCAAUAACUGCAUCACCGUUGCAGCUGUUAGUAGCAGUGUGUUGUGCCAAGUCUCAAGAAAACAUCUGUAGCAAACACUGAAACUGUGUGUACAGCAGCUUGAGUAGUUUACUAAAGGGACGCUCAGUUUAAGAUCAGAGCUCACCAGAGAAACACACAUACUUGGAUGAGCUACUGUAAAGAAUAUGCUUAGCUACAGAUUUGUUUUUUUUAACUAUAUUUGACUCAUUUAUUCUUAAACACCUGCACAUAUUUUGUCAUCAAGAAGAUACUUUCAUGCCAUCUACAUCAAAAGGCACUGGAUUCUUUCAAAAGUGAUGUUGCUAAGAGAGAAAAAUGGUUUUCACCUUGUCCUUAAAACUACAUUAAAUGACAGGCACAGAUUUGUGCUUGUCCUCAGCCAUGAAUAAGCUGCCAGUGGCAGGUUUCCAAAUCAGAGUAGAGAGGACCUUCACUAAAGCAUACUCAGUUGUUUACUUGACCUUAGAGCAAUGGCAAAACAGCACAAUCUGCAGAUCUUUCAGUAUUUCUUUGGCAAGACGAACAGCACCCUGAUUAAUCUGUACAGGUAGAAGUGGCUGAAAUUAGUAAUUUGUACCACCUGUCAGUGGCAAAUAAAGAUCUGUCUCUGGAGCAGAAUCAUCAAUCAGCUCUCGUCGCUGCAGCUCAGCAGCAGCUCUCACUGUCCACUCGCUGUGCGCAUCUGUCAGCAUCACUGACAGUAACAGCAGCUUUUGGCUCACUUCCACGAGGAGAGGACAGGAGCUCGCUGUCUGUUUGCAUAGAGCAUUGUCGUCUUUGCCGGUAGAGGCUGACAGAAAACGUUUGACCUUCAAGUCCUGGUUAGUCAUUCAGGAAACAGGUGAUGAAUAAACGGCAGCAACUUGGAAGUUUUUGUCGUCUUCUCGUUUUCCAUAAAAGUCACUUUAUUCUAAAACUUCAUUGAUGGAGAAUAUUAUGCCGUCUGGAUAAUUAAAGGAGCCUAUUGAGUCUCGAGCCUUAAGUGUCUGUAAGUGAGUUUCUCCUCGAAGUGGCGUCACAGUCUGUUUUUUGAUACAUGCUCAAUAAUAGGUUUGAUGUGAUUCACCGGAUGUAUGAUUGCAAUAUUUUUAAUAGCCACCAGGAGGGCAAUUCUGCUGGUUACAAAAAGAACUCCAUUGGAAUGGAAGUCUAAUAAAAAGAAAAGAGCCUCAGAAAACAUUCUCCUGAGGAGUUAACGAUCUCAAAUCACCAGUUUCAGGUCGUCUUCGAUAGAACAUGACGUCCAUUUUGAGAAUGAUGUUCCCAUUUAGAGGGAAAUGGCACAUAUAAGUGGACACCAAUGCAAUUGACAGCUGGUGUCAUUCAAUUGGUGCCUGGUUGGAGGUGAUGUGAAUUUCCAGGUGCAAAAACUUUUAAUAGCACCAGUAAAAUCAAGAAUUUCAAGGCUUCACAACAGGGGUUGGUUAUGAAAGCGGGAGACUGAGUCAGUCUUUAAUUACAGUCUACGGGCCCUACUGAGUUUUUCUUCUUGCUAUACUGUGCAUUUAAUAAAGCUCCCCUUAUUUUCCUCCUCCCCAAGUGUUGAACAAUGGACGCUUCAUCUGUAUCUGCAACCAUUGUUGCUGCUGCUGCUUCAUUAUCACUCAAGGGACAAUCUGUUUACAAUAAGCAAUGGCUCUCAAAUGUGUUGUGUAGUAUAGUCCAUGGGGUAAAAUCAAUAACACGUUGGCUGCCAGUCUCACGUUCAUCUUUCUGUACACAACCCCACAACGAAGCACUUGUUUUUUUUAGCAGAUUCUGUAACAGUAUUUGCAUUCCUGCUGAUUUAAUAUGCAAGCUACAAAUAGUAGAGUAGAUGUAGAUUAUUUCUUUAUGUGUUGGCCAAAGGAAUUGGUGUAGUUUUGCAAUUUGCACUGUUCUUACAUGAAACUUUGUAGUACACCCCCCUGUGAACUGUGACACUUUCCAUCUAGUUGGUUCUGUACAGCUUUCUGAUGUAGAUAAUGAACUUAACCUAUGAGGUCUUGGUGGAAAUGUCACUGUUGCUUUUUUUGUCAGAUAGUUAAACCACCCUAAGAUAAAGACAGAGCUUUUAUGUUGAAUCCCAUGUCUUUAUUUAUUUGCAUUCAUUAAAUGAUUAUUUGCA